AUAAUUUGACGAAAUUGGGCCACUAAACACGUCGAUAUUAUUGAAAUGAAGUGAUUGAGCGAAAGUUUGUCUUAAUUUUUACGAAAAAGUGCGUAUUUUUGUGUCUCAAAUGGGGCUAUCACGCCAGGAGGUGAACUUGCGCCGUCUUUUGGCCAAAUGCGAGCUCAUGUGCAAAAGCAAGCAAAAAGACGACGACCGUAUGCCCAAAUACGUGGAAAGUCUCGAAGACAUGUACCAGGAAGUGAAAAAAACGUCAGACCCCAACUACGAGUUUCUUUUGGUGUACCAGGGCCGUAUCGCGGCCAUUAAGGCCGAAUUGGGGAUCACCACUAGUAAAUAUCCGCCGGAAAACGACACCGAAUUGCUUCGGAAGAGUCUCCUAGGUGUGAGACACCGCAACGUCCCCGAAACGAGCGAUUUGAACCAAGUUUUGAACUUCCACGAGGGUUUGCAACAGAAAAUCACCGAUGAUAUGCUCAUUUUGACCAAGAAUUUGAAAGAACAGUCGGAAUUAGCCAACAAAAUUAUUAAAAAAGACACCGAAGUUGUCUCAAGAUCGACACAACUCACUGAUCAAAAUUACACGAAACUGAGUUCUGAGUCAAAUAAAUUAGCUGAGCACUCGAAACGGGCCUGGAAAUGUUGGAUGUGGAUCAUGUUGCUCAUUGUCCUAGUGGUUUUUAUAAAUAUGGUCUUGUUUAUGAAAGUAAUGAAGAAAAAAUAAAUUAUGAUUGCAACUUUUUAAAUUAAAUCAGUUUUGUUUAUUAAUUUUAUUAAACAGUUUCGUAAAUAAAUUACAUUUUAUUGAAUUUA